CCCACGAAUUCUCCAUUUUCCUUCCAAUUUUCCCUAUAAAUUCUGCUUAAACCCUAAUGAACCAAACGCCAAUAUACACAUUAUCUUCUUUCAUUCAUCAAAAAAUUGCCUCGCUUUUCUCCUCCACAAAUUCCAAUCUUGAUAUUAAUAAUUAUUAAAAGAAACAUCGCAUUUUUUCUUUCUUUUUCUCCAAUUUGUUUCACAUUUUUUGUUUCUUGGUUCUGCCUAAUCUUUCAUCUCUCUCUCUAUAUACACACCUUUAAUGGCUUCAUUGUUCAUCACUCUUCAACCCCUUUAACCAUUUUUGUGCUAAAAAAUGAAUCUUGAUUCUUGAUUUCUCCAUUUUUGCUUGUUCUUUGUGUUGGUUUUAGCCACCCCUUUAUCAAUUUUGGCCUAAAGAUUCAAUCUUUGUGUUGUUUUUAGCAACCCCAUUAAUAUUUUUGUGCUAAAAAUUCAAUCUUUGUGUUGUUUUUAGCGGCCCCAUUAAUAAUUUUGUGAUAAAAAUUCAAUCUCUGUGUUGUUUUAAGCAACCCCAUUAAUAAUUUUGUGCUAAAAAUUCAAUCUUUGUGUUGUUUUAAGCAACCCCAUUAAUAACUUUGUGAUUAAAAAUCUAUCCCCGUGUUGUUUUUAGCAACCCCUUUAUCAAUUUUGUGCUGAAAAUUCAAUCAUUAUCUUGUUUUGGUUAUUUUUAGCAACCCCUUUGACAAUUUUGUGUUGAAGAUUCAAUCUUUAUCUUGAUUUCCUCAAUCUUUAGCAAUGGCAAUUGCAUAUCCUCACUUUUUUGGACCAAAGAAAGUUGACCCGUCAUUGGUGGUAUCUUCAACAGCAACACAAUCAUCUCCACCUCCUGUAAUUUUGUCUCAGGAUGAGCUGAAAAAAGUAGCAGCUUACAAAGCUGUGGAGUUUGUUGAGUCUGGUAUGGUUGUUGGUCUAGGUACAGGUUCCACAGCAAAACAUGCUGUAGACAAAAUAGCUGAACUUUUACAUAGUGGAAAGUUGAAGAACAUUGUAGGAAUACCAACUUCCAAGAUUACACAUGAACAAGCUGUUUCACUUGGUAUUCCUUUAUCAGAUUUGAAUGCACAUCCAAUUGUUGAUUUAGCAAUUGAUGGUGCUGAUGAAGUUGAUCCACAAAUGAAUUUGGUUAAAGGUAGAGGAGGUUCAUUGUUGAGGGAGAAAAUGGUUGAGGCAGCUACUAAAAAGUUCAUUGUUAUUGUUGAUGAGUCAAAAUUGGUGAAUCAUUUAGGUGGUAGUGGACUUGCUAUGCCUGUUGAGAUUGUUCCCUUUUGUUGGGAGUUUACACUUAAGAGGCUUGAGAUGUUGUUUAUUGAAGCUGGAUGUGUUGGAAAGUUGAGAAAAGGUGGAGAUAGUGAGGAGCCUUAUGUUACUGAUAAUGGUAAUUACAUUAUUGAUUUGUAUUUCAAGAAAGAUAUGGGUGAUUUGAAAGAUGCAAGUGAUGCUAUUUUGAGGCUUGCUGGUGUUGUUGAGCAUGGCAUGUUUAUUGAUAUGGCUACUACUGUUAUUGUUGCUGGAAAACUUGGUGUCUCUGUGACUAAUAAGGAAUAGUACUAAGGUUGGAUUUAGAUAAGUUGUUAUCCUUUAGGAACUUAGUUGAGGUAUUAGGAUGUUUUUGUGGGAGGGGGGUUGAAAUAUUUAUGUGGCAGGUGUUUUUUGCACCAACUACUAUAUUGAUUUGUUUGGGGCAUUUGCCUCAAAGUUGCUAUCUUUGAAAUGGAUUAUUGAUGGUACUUUUCUUGCUA